AAGUCCAAGGGGAGGGAGGAAAGGAGGGGCCUAGAUGGGGUCCUGUGGGAAAGAUUAAAGCCCAGAGUUGCCAGGCAAAAGCCAAAGAAACUUUCUGUGGGUCUGUCUCCGAUGGCAGCAUGUGGUGUGAGGGUAAAUGGGAACUAUGUGAGAGGAUGGAAUGUGACCUCUGGUGUUUUUCUUCGUAUGGAGCUAGUUUCUAGGUAUAGAAGCUGCAUUAUGUGUUUUGUGCUGUACAUGCUGCCACCUACUGAAACACCUGUAAACUGCAGCUUUAGGAAAAGGGUGGCUGGGUUGAGGUUGGGAUCAAGGGCAGGGCUUAGAGAAAGGGGAGGUGAGGCAGUGAAUUUGGGCGGGGUGUGAGAAAAGGAUAGGCCCUCAUCCGUGGACCUCCAGGCUCCUGUCUGGGACUCUGGCCCUCCUGCUUUCCUGCUCUUUCCUGGUCUAGAGGUAGCAGUUGGCUCUAUAUUUCUUUGGUUCAAUUCUGCAGAACUGCUUGCUUCAGCCACACUGGAUUCGUCGCUUUCUCUCUCUCCUUCCCCCUUUGACCACUCAAUGGGCAUGAAGAUUGUGAAAGGGGAAGGGGUCCUUUGAUGAGAUCAGGACUUUAGCUUUUGAUGUCCUAUCUCUGAUCUCAGCUGCAGUUGUGAUGGGCAGUUGUGUGGAAGCUCAGACUCUCACCGGCAAUGAACUCCUCAUAUGAGUGCAAGUCCCUCUGCUUUCCUGCCUGGAAGUCUUGUCUGAGGCUUCAGCAGUCCAGUCAGUGCCUUGACGAGGGCAGGCUACAGGUGUGUGUAACAGUGUCAAUGCCGCCUCUUUCUGGAAGGCAUCCUCUGCAUUCUUAGAUGCCCCUAAUGCCUAUGGAAGGAGCCCCAUAACACUCUCACGGGCUUUCCUCUUCCCUCUGUUCUGCUCGCACUCCUGCUUCCCAAGCUGAUCUCCCAAAUGUGGGGUUACCUGUACCCAUACCCUUAACUCACACUCUGCUUUGGAGGGAACCCAAACGGAGAUAAUGUUAGUGUCCUGGUCCCAAGGAACCCCCAGUUCUGGCUGUUGACUGAUACAGGUCUUUCCCCUCCCUUCAACUUUAUCAGUUUACUAAGUCCUCUCAAAUUUCUUCAUUUCUCAUCUUUGCCUGACCUCUCCACCCAGAGAAGGCUUGUUUUCAGCAUGCCUUCCUUUGUUUCUUGUCUUGUAUCCUGGUGCAGCCUAGUAAUGUGGUAUCUUCAGGGUAGUGUGCUGUAAACUCUCAGGCAGGUUACACGCCCCUUACACCUCCAUGCAUUCCCCAAUUGUCCCACGGAUCUUAGCACCACACUUUACACUGAGAGCUGUCAUUGACAACCCAGCGAGAGACCUGAGGGUGGGAUGACUGGGCUGGGAGGGUUAGAGCCAGAGCUGGGUGUCAGGAUUCAGCAGUGUCUCUACUCAUUCACUUGCAUGACCAGGGAACCCCAUCUGCACCCCUUCAGCUUUUCCUGUUGCCUGGGAGGCAGUACCUCACAUGCCUGGACGUGUUGGUGAUAGGAAAGAGUAGGGUGAGGGAGGUGCCCCAAGAAAGGCCCCACCUUGUCCCUCCCCAUUCUCGCCUCACUCUCUGCAAAUUUAACAGGCACAGGACAGGAGCAGGCACCUAACCCAUUGCUGCUUUGCCUUUCAGCCUCCCCAGGCCCUUUGUGGGCCCUCACGCUGCUAGCUUCCAGCUGGCCCCCCGUAGGUGCAGAAGGAUGACUGACUGCUACCGCCCCCCUGGGAACGAGACGCUGCUGAGCUCCACGGCCUCACGGGCCACAGGCACCGCCUUCCUGCUGCUGGCAGCGCUGCUGGGGCUACCCGGCAAUGGUUUUGUGGUGUGGAGCUUGAUGGGCUGGCGGCCUGCUCGGGGGCGACCGCUGGCUGCCACUCUCGUGCUGCACCUGGCGCUGGCCGACGGCGCGGUGCUGCUGCUCACACCGGUUUUUGUGGCCUUCCUGGUGAGGCAGGCGUGGCCGCUGGGCCAGGCGGGCUGCAAGGCCGUGUACUACGUGUGUGCGCUCAGCAUGUACGCCAGCGUCUUGCUCACCAGCCUGCUGAGCCUGCAGCGCUGCCUCGCUGUCACCCGCCCUUUCCUGGCGCCUCGGCUGCGUAGCCCGGCCCUGGCCCGCCACCUGCUGCUUGCCGUCUGGCUGACUGCUCUGUUGCUCGCAGUCCCAGCCGCUGUCUACCGUCACCUCUGGGGGGACAGCCUGUGCCAGCUGUGCCACCCGUCGCGGGCCCACACCGCCAUCCACCUGAGCCUGGAGACUCUGACCGCUUUCGUACUGCCCUUCGGGAUGGUGCUCGGCUGCUACAGCGUGACACUGGCGCGACUGCGGGGCGCCCGUUGGGGUUCCGGGCGGCAGGGCACACGGGUGGGCCGGCUGGUGAGCGCCAUCGUGCUCGCCUUCGGUUUGCUCUGGGCCCCCUACCAUGUGGUCAACGUUGUGCAGGCAGUGGCUGCUCUGGCUCCACCUGAAGGGGCCCUGGCGAAGAUGGGCGGCGCAGGCCAGGCAGCACGAGCUGGAACUACGGCUUUGGCCUUCUUCAGCUCCAGCAUCAACCCGGUGCUCUACCUGUUCACUGCGGGGGAUCUGCUGCCCCGUGCAGGUCCCAGCUUUCUCACGCGGCUCUUUGAGGGCUCCGGAGAGGCCCGAGGAGGCGGUCGCUCUAGGGAGGGGACCUUGGAGCUCCGAACUACCUCUAGACUCAAAGUGGUGGGGCAGGUUCGGGGCAAUGGAGACCCGGGGGGCGGGGCAGCAAAGGAGAGUCAGGAGGGGGAUUCUUGACCCCAAAUCCUGUUCUUCCUUACCCCCUUCCAUCACCCCUCAGAACUCAAGAAAACCACUCCUGAGCAUUUGGGAAUCCUCUGACUAGUUUGGAUCUGCAAAGGCAGAGCUAUUAUGCGCCUGGGGCAGGCCCAAUUUCCUCCAAACUGAAGGAUUGCGUGGGGUGAGGGUUCGUGCUAAUGAAUGCUGGGCACUUGCAGGUUGGCAUGUGCCCAUGUGCCGGCGCUGCUAGCUUGUUGCCAGUACAUAUUGUGAAAGACGCCGUGCAGCCAUGACACCAUGGCUGAAGCAUGCUCAGCCCGGUGGUUCAGCGUGCCUGAACUUCAGGGGUACUACCUGGUUUCCCUGCUGGAGCGAGCCAAGUCUGGGCAGGAUGAGCCUUCCAUGGCAUCUUGACCUGUCCUUUCCUGCCCAGGUGGCCUGGUUCCCUCAGGUCAGCCCAUCCAAGCACUCUGUAAAUACAGGGAGAAAGGAA